ACGACACACACGGCAACGAGGAUUUUACGCGAAUAGCUUGACGAGGACCAGACUGUUACAUUCGGGAGAUACCAAGAUGCCGCCAACCCUGGAACUUCUCGCAGAAGACUACGCGUCAGAGGAAGACUCCGACUUCGCCCCAGAAACUGCCGAAGCCGCGGAAGAAUCCUCAAUAUCCGACGAUGACGACGAAGAAGCCGGUGACGAUGCCGAGAAAGCGAAACCCGAGAAGAGGAAGCGCGCUGCCAUCGACGAGGCGGAAGACGCUGGUUAUGACAAUUCCGGAGAUGAAGCUAUAAUAAAGAAGGGGGAGAAACGUCAAAAGAAAACAAAGACAAAAAAUGCUGCCGACGAUGAGGAAACUGGCGAGGGCGGUCUCAUCAAGACGCGCAGCCAACGCGCUGUUGAAAAGGAGAAACGUUCAACAGCCGCCGCCAGCGGACCUGUUACAAUCGACGUCGAUGCCCUUUGGGCGCAAAUGAUCAGCGAGCCGGUCAUACCACGAACAAGUACAGCGAAACCAGACGAAAGCGCCGAUGCAGCGAAACGUGACAUCGCGAAAUUGUCAUCCCAGCAGCCAGAAACAGCCAAGGCGAAAGAUCCCGAUUCCGACCUCAUAAAGAUCAAGAGAACCUACAACUUCGCCGGCAAAGUCCACACUGAAGAAAAGCUCGUUGCCCGCGAUUCUGCCGAAGCAAAACUCUAUCUCGCCUCUCUCGGAGAGAAUGCUCCAGCCGACGGCGAAACAGCCGCCGAGGACGAGUCCUCCUCUGCCAAGCGCAUGCCCCGAAAAGCUUUCCGGUCCGUCUUCGAGCCCAUCACCGACGCCAACUCGGCGCAUCGUUCCGACCUCAACCUGAGCAUGGCCUCCCGCCUGCAGGCUCGCGAAGCCACGAGCAACAAGGCCAAGAAGCUCAACACGGUCGAGAAGAGCAAGAUGGACUGGGCGGUGGCGGUCGACAAGAUGGGCCUCAAGGACGAGCUCGAGCUGGCCGGCAAGUCCAAGGACUCGUUUGCGGCGAGGCAGGAUUUCUUGGCCAGGAGCGAGAUGCGCAGGGAGGAGGAGGUAAGGAGGGCGAGGAUGGCGCAGGCGGGGAAGACGUGAGCGUGGCACGAUCUCCCGUCAUCCAUUGGUCGCUUGCCUAUCAUUGUUGUAUGGAUGGCGUCUCCCUUACCACUACACGUUUGGAAGGGCAGCACUAUGCAACACCAUUUCAUUUCUUACGAUCGCCAAAUAGAGAUACCCCGGUUUUCAAUAUCGGAACCUUCCAACGCGUUGAAGGCACCAAAGCAAAACACAACAUGCAUG